AUGGCUUCAACGCCGUAUGACUUUGCCGCAUCGGCACCUUACCAUGCCGUAGCCUUCCUGGCCAUCGCAGCCUACAGCCUCUAUCGAUGGCUACUACCCAAACCGCUGCCAGGCAUUGCGUACAACGCCAAGGCCGUGCGGUCCCUUUUUGGCGACGGGCCGGAUAUGCUGCAAGAGAUCAGCCUCACGCAUGAGUUUGGCGUCUGGUGCGCUGACCAGGUCGAGCGCUUGGGGGCGCCCAUCUGCCAGGUCUUUGUGCGCCCAUUCGCUAAGCCCUGGAUUCUGGUCAGCGACUUUCGCGAGUCCCAGGACAUUCUGACGCGGCGAACCAAGGAGUUUGACAAGUCCUCCUUCAUUACCAAUGCGAUGGCGAGCCUCGGCGACUUUCACCCACGCUUCCUGACGAAUCAAAAGUUCAAGGCUUCGCGCGGGUGGCUCCAGGAUCUUAUGACUCCGUCUUUCCUGCAUGGACACAUGGGCCCUAUAAUCUAUUCCAAGGGGCUAGAGCUCAUUCAGCUGUUUGAGAGGCGCAUGGAGCUGGCGGCCGGCAGGCCGUUUACUGUCCGGGACGAUUACGACUUUGCCUCUCUGGACGCCAUGAUGGGCUGGGCCUUCGGGAGCAAUCUGGGAUAUACGGCGGUCGGCCCCCAAGUGGAGCUAGCUGCCAAUCUGGACCCCUCCGAGAUCCCGCAGGGUGGUCUGGACGAUCCGAUCAUAUUUCCUCCAGCCAAGCUGCACGACUUCCUCGUGACGGCGCACGAGGUGCCGCAGGUAGUCGAGCGUACUGUGAUUGCCUGGGUCCCCAGCCUCAGCUUGUUCUGGUGGCGGAGGAUGUCCUGGUUCAAAAAGCUGUUCUCAGAGAAGCAAAGGACGGUGAAGAGCCAGCUUGAGAUCGCCAAAGAGCACUACGAGGCGGGCGAAAUCAAGUCUGGCCUGGAACACAUGCUGAUGCGCGAGGCUUCGGCGGCCGAGAAAGAGGGCCGGCAACCGGACUUUGACAACCACUUGAUAUCAGAUGAGAUCUUCGGGGAGAUCAUCGCUGGUCAUCACACCACUGGCGGUGCCAUGGGGUGGCUGACAAAGUUCCUCACGGGCCACCCGGAUGUGCAAUCCCAGGUCCGGUCUGAACUUUACGCCACUUUCCCCCAGGCACUGGAGGAGGACCGGCUGCCGUCCUUUGACGAGAUCCGCAAGGCCCGGCUCCCCUACCUGGACGCAGCGUUUGAGGAAAUGUUGCGCCUGACCUCCGUGACGGUGACGCGCGAAGCACUGUGUGACACGCAGAUCCUGGGCCGGCGCGUCCCCAAGGGUAGUCAGGUUUUCCUCGUCUCCAAUGGGCCGGGGUUUCUAUCGCCGUCCCUGCCUAUCAAUGACAGCGACCGGAGCCCGACGGCCAGGGCGGCAGCGGAAAAAAGCUGGGACGAGACUCAGGACCUGCGGCUCUACGAGCCGGACCGCUGGCUCGUAAAGAAGGAGGACGGCUCCGUGGAGUUUGACCCCAAUGCCGGACCGCAGCUCGGGUUCGGCCUGGGCGCCCGCAGCUGCUGGGGCCGGCGCAUGGCGGCUAUGGAGGUCAAGACGAUACUAUCCAUGCUGAUCUGGCACUUUGAGAUGCUCGAGAUACCCGCGGCGCUUAGUGGCUACGCUGGAUUUGACGGUGUGUCGCGGCGGCCGCAGAAGUGCUUCGUCCGGCUGAGGAGAGCAAGGGCGUAA